AUGGACUCACUCACCUCGACCCUUGUCACACAGUACCACAAGCUCAUCGACGCGGUCAGCGCCCGGCCACGCCAGACAGCUGCGACAACGACGGCGGUCGCACUAACACUAUCCCUCGCAUGGGUGGUCAGUGACUUUCACGCGUGGAAGUCCUUUGGCACAGGAGGCACUCCGCCCACCUGGGCCGGGUACUGGCGCAUGACCAAGCUGCGACUGAACCGCAUGCUGCUGUUCGGCAAGGACGACCUCGCCGACCCGUCGCCGCUCUCGUCCUCGGGGCCCAAGUAUCUCGACCCAGCCGCCCUGCCAGCACGAGAGGGCGCCCGACCACCGACCAUGGCCCGCACCAUGCCGCAGCGCCAAGUUCCCUACAAGGCCGGCACGGCAGACCCGGGAGUCGAAGAGCGUGUGAAAUCCAUGAUGGCCGCCUUCGCCGCCCAACACCCGUCGAUUUUGGAUCUGCGCCCCAGCAAGACCGAAGGCGGAAGCACCGACGCCAUCUACGCCAAGCCGACCCUCGACACCCUCAACGUCAAGGCCAAGGACAACAAGAUCCUCGGCACCGAGAUCGCCCACGCGCACCCUUCUGACGGGAGCUUGCACGUCUGGCUGUCCGAGGCGGAUGCCAAGACCGUGGUCGAGAAGGGAUGGGGUCUGAGGUUCCCGCUCAAGUUUGUCGAUAAAGGGUGGGCCAUGGUCUAUGCCCCGCGCACCAUGGCCGAGGUGGACGUUGUGGAGCGCAUUGUGCGAGCGGGUAUUGCGUGGAUUUCUGGCGUCGAGGUUUGA